UUGGAAUUUACCAUGCAAGAAGCUGUGCAAUGUUUACAUGCGCUAGAAGAAUAUUGCCCUUCUAAAGAUGACUACAGCAAGCUUUGUUUGCUCUUGACUUUACCUCGUCUGACCAAUCACGCUGAAUUUAAGGACUGGAAUCCCAGCACUGCACGAGUUCACUGUUUUGAAGAGGCUUGUGUCAUGGUUGCAGAAUUUAUCCCUGCUGACAGGAAACUAAGUGAGGCUGGUUUUAAAGCAAGUAACAAUCGUUUAUUUCAGCUUGUAAUGAAGGGCCUGCUUUACGAAUGCUGUGUUGAAUUUUGUCAGAGCAAAGCAACUGGAGAAGAAAUUACAGAAAGUGAAGUACUUCUUGGCAUCGACCUUUUAUGUGGCAAUGGGUGUGAUGAUUUGGAUCUGAGUUUAUUAUCGUGGCUUCAGAAUCUUCCUUCUUCUGUGUUCUCUUGUGCUUUUGAACAGAAAAUGCUUAAUAUUCAUGUUGACAAACUUCUAAAACCUACAAAAGCUGCAUAUGCUGAUCUUUUGACACCUCUGAUCAGUAAACUCUCUCCCUAUCCAUCAUCCCCCAUGAGAAGGCCUCAGUCAGCUGAUGCCUAUAUGACCCGCUCUCUGAAUCCUGCGUUAGAUGGCCUCACUUGUGGACUAACCAGUCAUGAUAAGAGAAUCUCAGACCUUGGGAACAAAACUUCUCCUAUGUCACACUCCUUUGCCAACUUCCAUUAUCCAGGAGUACAGAACCUUAGUAGAAGUCUCAUGCUUGAAAAUACAGAAUGUCACAGUAUUUAUGAAGAAUCCCCUGAGCG